CUCUCUGCUUGAUUUAAGAUUUCUUGUAAGGGAAAGAUGAGCAAUGUUUCUUCUUUGGUAUCACCACUUGGAAGAUUGGCUGGGAAAGCGGCGGUUAUAACAGGAGGUGCAAGCGGCAUUGGAGCAAGUACCGCGUGCCUUUUCCAUGAAAAUGGUGCAAAAGUCGUGAUCGCUGACAUCAAUGACAACAAAGGAGAAGCCCUUGUCAAUAAGCUCGGUGAAAAUGAUUGCUACAUUCACUGCGACGUGACGAAGGAAGACGAUGUCCGGAACCUCACCGACGCCACGAUCAGCAGGUACGGAAGACUCGAUGUAAUGUACAACAAUGCAGGCAUCCUGGACUGCCCCAUGAGCACCAUUUUGGACAUCACGAAGGAGGAAAUCGACAAAGUUAUUGGGGUAAACCGGGUGGGUGCUCUCCUAGGAGCCAAACAUGCAGCCAGGGUGAUGGUGCCUCAGCGUAAAGGAUGCAUACUUUUCACUGCUAGUGCAUGCACAGCAAUCGCAGGGCUGCUAUCAGGCAAUGCCUACGCAGUGUCGAAACAUGGAGUUUUGGGUCUGACUAAGAACUUGGCAGCUGAGCUUGGCCAGCAUGGGAUAAGAGUGAACUGUAUAUCGCCUUAUGGAGUUGCAACUCCGAUGAUUGUACCUAAUGAAGCUGAGGUUACGAACAUGGAACAGACCCUAACAGGAAUGGGGAAUCUCAAAGGGGAAACUCUAAAGCCAGAGGGUUUGGCUUAUGCAGCUUUAUACCUGGCUAGUGAUGAAGCCAACUAUGUAAGUGGGCUCAACCUUGUUGUGGAUGGAGGUUUCAGCAUCGUCAAUCCUACCAUGAUGAAGGCAUUUAACCUUAUCCACUAAAUAUAUUUUGUAUUAUUAUGAAGGCUUGAAAGCGUUUCAUGGCGUUAGGGCUCCCUAUAAACGUAUAUCGAUAGGCUUUUCAAUAAGAAAUCUGCAACAAAGUAGUUUCAUGGUUGCGGCU